AUGCCCGACGACGAGGCAUACGAGCUCACCGAGGCUCCUGCUUCACGAGCGACAGCCAGCGCAAUGUCGACGGAUGAGCCACAAGACGACCAGCCCGCGAUAGAGUCGCGUCUACACAAGAGAACUCUUCUCAAGCUUGACUUUCUCCUGCUUCCCUUUCUAGCCCUCUUCUUCCUCUUCAACGCGCUCGACAAGACGAAUAUUGGAAACGCAGAGUCUGCCCACUUUACCGAAGAUGUUGGACUGAACAAGGACGCGCUGAACACGGCCGUCGCUCUCUUCUUUGCCUUCUUCGUCAGUCUACAGCCGCUUGGCGCUGCCCUGGGAAGGAGAUUUGGCAUGGUACUUUGGGUACCGUCAUGCAUGCUUGCAUGGGGUAUUUCCACUGCCCUGCAUGCAUGGAUACGACAUAAGUGGCAGCUGUACGCUUUGCGCAUACUCAUUGGUGCCCUCGAAGCCGGCUUCUAUCCCGUUACCGUUACAUACCUGUCCCUCUUCUACACGCGCUUCGAGUUUGGGAGACGCUUGUCGUUUUUCUACGGCCAGGCAGCCGUGGGCGGUGCUCUGGGAGGGCUGCUAAGCUACCUGGUAUUCUCGCAGUUUGGAGCCGAUCGCCAGGAUGCAAAGACGGGAUAUAAGCCAUGGCAGGUACUUUUUCUCCUGGAAGGAUGCCUCACCGUAGUUGUCGCUAUUGCUGGAUACUUCUGGUUACCACAUAGCGCAGACACGGCCUGGUUCCUUGCACCCGAGGAGCGCAAGUACGCCUGCACACGCCGCUCGGCUGCGGCAAAUGCGCAGGCACAACAGCUCAUCGAUGACCGUGGGCUCACGCCCCAGGAUGUAGUAUCUGCAAUCUUCAACACCAAGAUCUGGCAUAUCUUGGUAUGCAACAUUCUUGCUGCCGUUCCGGUCUAUGCCUUUUCUAUCUUCCUUCCACUGGUCCUCGCUCCGUUGACAGAGAACAAGGAUCCCGCCUUGGUCAAUCUGCUUACUGUACCACCCCAUUUCUGCGGCGCUAUCACACUCUACUUGUUUGCUACAUACAGCGAUAAGCAGCGCAUACGGCUCAAACCGGUCCUUGCUGGCUUGUUCAUCAUGGCUUUGGGAUUGGUCUUGGUCGUAUUGUUCCCGAUUUCAUGGGUAAUACCUCGCUAUGUAGCCCUCGUCAUUCUCCUCUCAGGUACUUACGUAGCAUCUCCGCUCACGGUUGCCUGGAUAUCCGGUAAUACACCUUCGCCAGGCAAACGCGCAAUGCUUCUCGGCAUCAAUGGCUGGGGGAAUAUGGCCGGUGUCAUCUCAGCUCUUCUAUUCAAGCCAGAGUAUGCUGAUGACGGUUACAUUGUACCUCUUUGGUGGACGCUAUUUUGCGUAGCACUCUCAGCUACGGGUUAUGUCUUGUUGUACAUAAGACUCAAAAGGGAGAACAAGGCACGCAGCAUGAUCCUGCGCGAGUGGACCGAAGAUGAGAUUGAAUUGGAGAGGCUUGAAGGCAGAGGACCGUCACCACAACAGGGUCAGUGGCUUCAAAGAGCCGCUGCUGUAACCAAAUCAAUCAGACUGCUAAACUGGCUUACAGGUUGGCUCGAGCGAGCUGCAAGGCCUACUCGAGAAGGCGACGAUAGAAUUACGUUUGUAUACGGCUUGUGA